AUGGGCACGUUCUUCCAAGGCGCUGAUGCACCAGGUCCACCACCGCUGUGCCACCCCCCACCUCUCGUCGAAUUGUCUCCGGAGCACUACAGUGACCUUCUCACGGGUCAGGUGAAGUGCUGGUUCGAGGAUCGCGGGUUCGGAUUCAUCACGCCGGAAGGCGGAGCGGAGGAUGUUUUCGUUCACAAGUCGGUGCUUAAGGAUGGGCAAAGCCUCAUUGUGGACAGUUCCGUCAUGUUCGACCUCACCUAUGAUCCAGACCGACGACGCUUCCAGGCCACGCGCUGCUUCGGCGCAACCUUGCCUCCAGAUGAGGUUAGCCAAAGUCGGGUACCCCGCAAGGGGCCCUUCUGCUUGACCGAUCCGUGGGAGGCGCUGUAUUCCACAUGUGGUGCGGAACACCUCCGGAUAAACCCGCAUGGCUUGGUUUCCGUGCCGAAGGCAGCCGCCUCUGUCAAACCUGCAAGCGAAACCGCUGCCUCACGUGCUGAAGAUGCUGUUGAUGCUGAGCUCCCUGCCGCCCCCAAAGAGAAGGCGAAGAAGGAAUCAAAAGCAACCUCGAUUUAUGACUUCUUCCAGGAUGAUGAGCAGAUGCUGUGA